AUUAUCGUCCUCUGAUUCCUCAUUUGUUACUGUCUGAUUGAAACUUCGCCCACAACAACAUCACUCGAUAUAUCGCGUCUCCUUCGUUUUAGCACAUUGCAACCAAACAUUUUGCGAUCUUUGUUCGCCAAUAGACUGCUACUGCGUCGACUUCCGCCAAAUUCUCCAUUACAGCGCAUACGCUGCUCGAAAACAUGGCAGAAUCAGCGUCACCCAAUCCAGUGGUCUUCUUCGACAUUACCGUAGGCGGCGAGCCUUUGGGCCGCAUCAAGAUGGAACUCUUCCAUGAUGUCGUGCCCAAGACCGCCGAGAACUUCCGUCAAUACUGUACGGGCGAGACCAAGAACCAUCUAGGACACCCGCAAGGUUACAAAGGAUGCAAGUUCCACCGAGUCAUCCCGAAUUUCAUGAUCCAAGGCGGUGACUUCCUGAAUGGCGAUGGAACUGGCUCGGCUUCUAUCUACGGCACAAAAGCCUUUGCUGACGAGAACUUCAACCUGCGACACGAUGUCGCUGGCCUACUGUCCAUGGCGAAUUCUGGUCCAAACACGAACGGAUGCCAGUUUUUCAUCACCACGGUCCCAUUGCCUCAUCUCAACAACAAGCAUGUUGUCUUCGGAAAGAUUGUCGAUGGCAUGGACGUCGUGCGGAAGAUUGAGAACGUCAGGACCAACGUGACCGACAAGCCAAUCCAGGAUGUAGCCAUUUCCCAGUGCGGAGAGAUGUAGAUCCGAGCAUUGCUCGAGCUUGGUCUGGGGCAGAUGAGAAGUCACAAAUAUAGCGAUAGAGAAAGUCAAGAUCAAUGGCACAAUUCACUGUGAUAAUGCAAGCAUAAGAUUUGAAGCAAAAUGAAACCACUCCAAAAACCAGCGCCUU